AUGAAUGAUGUAUUGGUAUUGUUGAGCUGUAAUGAAGAUGGAAACUUGGAAAAUCAUACUCAUAGUUUGGUUUUCGUUGUUCGCGAUAUUCACCUUUCUGGCUUGCCUCUGCAAGCGUUUUCGCUCGGCACGGUAUGUGAAAAGAAGAACCAAGAGAAAGGGUCGACGGCCACACAAGGCAAUGACACUAGAAACGGUGGCAUGGUUGUAACGACUUCUGGGGGUGGUCCAACUUCAGAUGUUGAAACUGGCGGUAAAAGUGGUGGUUGUGGUGGAUGUUGUUUUUUGGUUGGAGGCGCAGAUGGUUGUGGCGGUGGUUGUGGUGGUGGUGGUGGUGGUUGCGGUGGUGGUUGUGGUGGUGGGGGCAGCUGA